ACUUUUUCCUUUUAUUUUUCUUUCAAUUUUUUCUUUACUGUGAAUUUUCUUUCUCUGAACAUUAGUUCUCCUUUUUCUUCUUUCCUUAACUAAAAAGUUCUACGCUUCUUCUAGAACAAAUAUAACUAUUUAAUCAUCUCCUUUUUUUCCCUUCCUUUUUUCAGAGUCAAUAUAUAUAAUCAGACAAAAAGAAUAUCAACAAAAUGGUGACCUUAAAGAAUUUCUUCAAGAAGGCUUCUCCAGAUCACAACCAAGAAAAACUACUACCACAUGAUGAUGAUGAAAUUAGAAAUGGUUGCUGCGUGUGUUUCACUCCAUUGCAUGAAAGAUUUACAAGUUUCUUCAACAAUAUUCAAGAUUUUGCUAAGAAAGCAAUUGAGAUGGGUAAAAAUGAUCCAAGAAAGAUCAUUUUUUCCUUAAAAAUGGGAUUUGCACUAUCAUUUGUGUCUCUUCUCAUUUUCUGGAAGAAACCUACUGAUAUUGCUCAAUUUGCAAUAUGGGCAAUCUUGACAGUUCUUGUUAUGUUUGAGUUCACCAUAGGAGCAACCUUUAUUAAAGGAUUCAAUCGUGGCUUGGGAACAUUUUGUGCUGGGAUGCUUGCCCUCGUCUUUGCUCAAUUAGCAUUAUGGGCUGGAGAAAGGGAAAAAGUUGUAAUUGUUGUUAGCAUUUUCAUCGUAGCAUUUUUUGGAACAUAUUUGAAGCUAUAUCCAACAAUGGCACCAUAUGAAUAUGGAUAUCGAGUAUUUAUCUUGACCUAUUGUAUCCUCAUUGUGGCUGGAAACAGGACUAGGCAAUAUAAUGUGGCUAUUUUUACUCGUUUAGCCCUAAUUGCUGUUGGUGCUGGUAUUUGCCUGUUGAUUAAUAUUAGUAUUUGCCCCAUUUGGGCUGGUGAAGAUUUGCAUCGUUUGGUGGUUAAGAAUUUCAUGGAUCUUGCAACUUCAUUGGAAGGUUGUAUCAAUGGGUACUUAAGUUGUAUUGAGCAUGAUGAGGCUACAUCAGAAUACAAUGGCUACAAAUCUGUCCUAGAAUCCACAAGUAGAGAGCAAACACUGCUUGGAUUUGCUAUUUGGGAGCCACCUCAUGGAUGUUAUAAAUUGCACAAGAGUCCGUGGAGAGACAUUGUCAAAUUAAGCAGUGGAUUGAGGCAUUGUGCAUUCAUGGUCAUGGCAUUGCAUGGAUGUAUCCAAUCAGAAAUCCAGGCACCACCAGAAAAGAGAAAGGUUUUCCACAAUGAACUUAAGAAAGUUGGUGAAAAUGCUUCAAAAGUUCUACGCAAGCUAGGAACAAAAUUAGAGCAAAUGGAAGCAUUAAGUGAUCAUGAAAAUAUCCUAAAAGAAGUGCAUGAAACAGCACAAAACUUGCAGAAAAAAAUAGAUCACAAGUCAUAUCUCUUGGUCAAUUCAAAAAGUUGGGAAAUCGGAAAGCCAAAUAUUAAUGUCGAAGAUUCUUCAAGUGAAAAUGGUAGUGAAAAUUUGCCAUUAAGCUCUCGAUCACUCAGUGAAACAGCCAUCGACAUAAGGUCAUUACAAGCAAAUUGGCCAUUAUUGACAAAAGACUCAUCAAAUCAAUUGGUCACAAAUUCAACAUUAUUUAGAAAGCAAAACCAAUGGCCUUCACGUCUCUCACUUGUUGAUGGUGAAAUUGCUGAUACAGUGGAAAUGGAAACUUAUUUGAGUGCUAGUGCUUUGUCUUUGGCUACUUUUGCUUCACUUCUUAUUGAAUUUGUUGCAAGGCUUCAGAAUGUGGUUGACAAUUUUGAAGCGCUAAGUCAAAAGGCAGAGUUUAAAGAGCCAAUUAGUACUAAGAGUUAAAUAAUUUACCUAGUAUAUGUCAAUAAUGUGCUUUACAUUCAAAAUG